GGACGGCCCGGGACUCCCCUCGCCGCCGCCGCCUCCUCCUCCUCCUGCUGCCGCCAGGCUGCCAGGAGGCUGGCUCCUGAGCCAUGUCCCUAGCGGGGGCUCGCUUAGACUCAUCACGCCGGUAGGGCUCUUCCUCGCUUCUCUGGGGGAGGAAGGGUGCGUGCCCGCUACACCCUCCACGCCGCCUCGCUGUCUUUGGAAAGACAGAGAAGACUCACCCCCCCCAGCUUUCCACGAUUCCCUCCCCUCCCUCCCUUUCCCUUCUGCAAAUUAACCAUGAGGCGGCUGAGCCGAAGACUGGCUUGGUCUCUCUUGGGGAUCCUGUGGAUCACGGCUCUCCUCCUGUUCCUCGGGACCAGGAAGAAGUUAGAAGUGGUGGGACCCGAAGAGCAGACGCCAAAGGGCUCCGAGAUCGAUUGGGAUGACCUCUGGGAUCAGUUUGAAGAAAGAAAGUACCUGAGUGCCCGGAAAUGGAAAGGUGGAGAGGACCCAUAUCGAUUAUAUGCCUUUAACCAGCGGGAGAGUGAGAGGAUACCCAGUGACCGUGCCAUCCGCGAUACUAGACACCACAGAUGCACAACUUUACACUAUCGCACAGAUCUGCCACCAACCAGCAUCAUUAUCACCUUCCAUAACGAAGCCAGGUCCACACUACUAAGGACCAUAAGAAGUGUUCUGAACCGAACUCCUGUGCAUUUGGUCCACGAAAUCAUAUUGGUGGAUGAUUUCAGUGAUGAUCUGGAUGAUUGCCGUUUGCUGAUUAAGCUGCCGAAGGUGAAAUGUUUACGCAACAGGAAAAGAGAAGGUUUGAUCCGGUCCCGCAUUCGAGGAGCAGAUGUGGCACAGGCAGGCGUUCUGACCUUUCUAGACAGUCACUGUGAGGUGAACAAGGACUGGCUGCUGCCUCUUUUACAAAGGAUCAAAGAGGAUCCAACGCACGUGGUGAGUCCAGUUAUUGACAUCAUCAACUUGGACACUUUUGCUUAUGUGGCAGCUUCUUCAGAUCUGAGAGGAGGGUUUGACUGGAGCCUACAUUUUAAAUGGGAACAGCUUUCUCCAACGCAGAAGGCAAAGCGAACAGACCCCACAGAACCCAUCAAGACACCUAUUAUUGCAGGAGGGCUUUUUGUAAUUGACAAGACCUGGUUCAACCAUCUAGGGAAAUAUGAUGCAACGAUGGACAUUUGGGGUGGAGAGAACUUUGAAAUCUCAUUCCGGGUGUGGAUGUGUGGUGGAAGUUUGGAAAUCAUUCCCUGCAGUCGGGUCGGGCACGUCUUCAGGAAGAAGCACCCCUAUGUCUUCCCUGAGGGAAAUGCCAACACCUAUAUAAAAAACACUAAGCGCACAGCUGAAGUGUGGAUGGAUGAAUAUAAGCAGUACUAUUACGCUGCCCGGCCUGCAGCUCAAGGGAGGCCAUAUGGAGAUAUCCAGAGCAGAGUGGAAUUGAGAAAGGUCUUGAAAUGUCACACCUUCAAGUGGUACCUGGAAAAUGUCUAUCCGGAACUGAGAAUUCCUGAGGAAUCCCUCUACCAGAAGGGGAUGAUACGGCAAAGACAGAGAUGCUUAGAGACCCAGAAAACUGAAGCACAAGAGUUCCCAGUUGUGAUCUUAAACCCCUGCAUCACCAGCAAAGGUGCAGUGGCGGUGGCUCAGGAAUGGACAUAUACAUACAACCAGCAAGUUCGCUACCAGAAGCUGUGUUUAUCCAUACAAACCCUUUUUCCAGGUUCACAGGUGGUGCUUUUGCCUUGCAAAGAAGGGGAUGGCAAGCAGCGAUGGAAUAAGGUUGGUUCUCACAUUGAGCACAUGGCCACACGUUACUGCCUGGACACAGAAAUGGUGGGGGACACCAAUGAGAACAUGAGAGAAGUCGUCAUUAACCCUUGUGAGAGCACAGCAAUGAGCCAGCGAUGGGAGAUGGUGAUGUCCUGACCACAUCUAUCAAUCGCACUAGCACACUCAGCCAAGAGGACCUUUAUUGGGAACAGCCAAGACUGUUGUCCAAGCAUGGGGGUGGGGUGGGGCUUGCCUUCCAGUGUGAGGCAAAAGCCAAAGAACAAGGACAUACAGCUGUGCCUAGGGUAAAGAAAGCACACAAGUACUGGCUCUGAGAGCCACAGCAGAAAAUCAUGCCAGGUGGGGCCGCACAGCCAUGCAGCUACAAAUUAAUCUGGACAUAGCAUUCAAUAACCCUCAUCUGUCAGUUGCAGCAGAAGCUGCUCUUCUCGUUUUUGAGAAGAGAACCUGUUGAAAUUGGUAAAUACAGUACUUUAUUGCCCUCAUUUGACAAGGUGGUGGGAAGACUUUGGGAAAUAGUAAGUGGGAGAGCAGCUUCUAGCAGGAGAAGGGUGGGGAGAGGGGAAACUAGGCAUUACGGGAGCAGAAAAAUGGACAUGUUGGGACAGAGCAGAAAAGGCUAACUAAUAUGCACUUUUGAUUGAUGUAGCUGAGCACACCUUUGGAAGAGUGCUGGAGUAAGCUAUAUUGCACAUUAUAAUUUGUAUGUGAUCCAUGUACUUGUUGUGUGCUAGAUACUGUAUAUGUCUUUGUGUGUGUGUGUGUGUGUGUGUGUGAGAGAGAGAGAGAGAGAGAGAGAGUGAGUGUGUGAGUGUGUGUGUGAGUGAGAGUGUGUGUGUGAGUGAGAGUGUGUGUGUGAGUGAGAGUGUGUGUGUGAGUGUGUGUGUGUGUGUUGCAAUCUGGGAGCUGAGGUCAAAUACAAUUUGUGUGUAGAGGAGAUGAACUGUUUACACUACUCUGUUGCACAAGGCCGGCUUCAGGGUUUGGGUAGAUUCUGACCAAGAAACCAUCAGUUUCUCCCUUAACUGGCAAUGAUUGGAAAGAGACAGGAUGCAUUCUCACUUUGCACAGGGUCCCAUACCCAACAUGUAAUUGGUCCUCCAUAGUCACACACUCUCAAGAGAGUUGGCAUGAGAGAACACAAUAAUUCACUACAUGGGGUAGGACAGGGGCAUAAAAGAGACUCCCAGGCCUCCAAUAUUCCAAUGUGCCCUGUAUAAAGUAAGACUGGCAAGCCUCUGCCAUUUAGUGGCUCUCUUUAAUAGCCUCUGAGCUGUGGAAAGAGGCCCACUUUGCCAACCUGUAGCACUGGUUGUGCUGUUUUCCUGUUGAAGUCCACCUCCUAAAGCAACACAGCCAAAACAAAGCACAUGAGUGACUAUGGCUGUUUUUCAGAGACUUGAGGAGGUCAAGAUAAAGCUAGCAUUACCUGUGGGUACAAGAUGGUCUCUUCUCUUUUUAGCCCCACUGUGGUCUCUGUUCCUUUGUUGAAGAAAAGCCAAUCCAUGCAAAUGUAUUGAUCAAGAGACCAUAGUAGGACAGAAGAAAAAAAGGGAAUAUAUUGCACCCAUACACAAACAGUGAUGGCACUGGAUUCUAGAAUGAAUAGACUGGAGUAUGGAUUUGAACUGUCUGGAUUAGACAAGCAAAUUCCAGGUCCAUAUUGGAAUGCAAAAUUGCAACUCCAUCUAAUAUUGGACAUUGGGACAAUAGACCAGUAUUCACAGACCAAUAAUAAAUUGGACUGCCAUUACCACUAGCAAAGCUAGCAUGGUUAUACCACCUUCUACUCUGAAUAACAGGAUCCAUCCCAUCAGUUGCAUCUAGCUAACUCCUACUCAGAACAGAGCCAUUGAAAUUAAUGAACUCAAGUUAGUCAUGUAUAUUAACUUCAGUGAUUUACUCUGAGUAGAACCAGCGUUGGAUACCACUACCCUAUGUGUGUAGUGAAAGACUGGAUUAUGAUUCUGUAUGAGAGGGCUGAUUAACACUUUUUUUUCUGUCUCAGGAGGUUUUGGAUGAGCCUAAAGUCACCUGCUAAUCCUCUGUAAUUGUAAUGUGUCUCUCCACUGUUUAAAAACCUUGGAAUAGGGGAAAUUUUCACAUACAUCAUAAAAGUAAUAUUUUGCUAUUUGAA